AUGAGACAGAGUCAGACUCAGCAUGGGUGUGGCCACAGCACAGAAGCCUUUAAGGUGAAAGGUUCAGGAAGAAUCUACAACUCUUGGCUCUGUUGCCUGUCGAGGGUGAAGAAGCAACUACUGACACAGCAGAGUGGAGGGCCCCAACUGGAGGGCCUGGUAAUCUCCUGGUCAGUCUAGGAGGGGACAUUAGCCCCUCUGAUAGCUCAGAUUAAGCUCAGGGGGCUUUAGGCGCAAACAACCUGCUUUUCAUUGUGUGACCGGGACAAGCGAGGACCACCAGCACCAUGAGGGCUGUCCAGUUCUGUCCACUGAUGCUGCUUUCUCUGGUUCUGCUCCCAACCAUCAGUGAGGCUCUGCAAUGUUACACCUGCAUGGGCUCCAAUAACGACGACUGCAACCGACAAGGCUCCAAAUCUUGUCCCAGCUACUCUGAUGCCUGCGCUGUGGUGGUGGGCCAUGACAGUGGGGUGAUGAAGUCCUGCUCCUACAAGUCCUUCUGCAGUCAGGCCACCAGUCAGGGCUACAGAGCUCCGGGCGUCAGAGUCCACUGCUGCUACAGCGAUGACUGCAAUGUGACGAGCUUCGCCUGCCGCCCGCCAGGACUCAGCUCCCUGCUGCUGUUUCUGCCUCUGUUGUUCCACUGUUUAUUCAAGUAGUCGUACUACUGAACUUCAUCAUGCCAACAAGGAUCCGUCUGCAACACAAACGCCAAACCCCCCCCCGCCUAAUUUUACACUACAUGACCUUUACAUUCUGCUUUGAUUUACCUUAUUUAUUUAAACAGAACCAGGGAGUUACUGUACCUAUGAGAGCUCAAGGUGCUUUGUGUGAUUGCAUGGAUUAUACGCGCCAUGUAGGACUGAAGCCAUUUAUGGGGUCUUCAAGUAGAUGCGUCUUUCAGUGGAUUUCACUAAGCCAGUAACUAGAUGAUCCCGAGGGGUGUGGUGAAAUCUGUGAAACCGCAGGAUAACAGGAGCAAGACCUGAUGACGUCUUUUUGUCUUCUAGUGACAUGGUCGCAGCAGAUGUUCCCGUGACUAAAUAUGUCUCUGAGGGUUCACUCAGCCUGUGCGUCGUUGUGUCAUUAGCCCGCUUGCUGUCGAUCACACAUCUGACGAGCUCGAUGAGAUAUUCUAAAAGGUGGUGAGAAAAACACCUCUCCCACAACGGAAAUCUACGCACGCCCUUUUACACAGUCAGGUGUGUUACACCGGUGAGGUUAAUCCACUGCGUUUGAAGUCACUUAAAGACUUACUGAGCUUAUAAACUGAGGCUGAACACAUGAGGACAGCCUAGAAGUCAAGGCUACUGUAUAUGUUGUGUAAAAAGUAUAAAGAAAAAGAUUCAUAAUGUCCAGUUGGUUGCAGGUACUCCAUGCUGUAUAUUGUGCAGUUUUCUUUGAACCCACAUUGGGGAAUACAAUUACUUUUAAGUAUAGAAGGUCCCAGCCAACUGCACAUCUUUUGCUUAUUUUAUGAAUGUUCAUGUACACUGUAUGAAAGUAAACUGUAAUUCUAAAGAAACUAGGAAGGCCCAUCCUUUCUCCACGGUUUAUACCAUAAUGUAAGGGAAUAAAGUAAUACUACAAUUGAAUGGAGUAAAAAAAAAAAAAAAUACUAGAUGUACAGACCGAAUAAUAAAGAUGUUGAAACUCAUGAUUUG